ACAUGGCUGAGCCACUUGUUGGCUUGCCCGCCUGGGCAGCUGCGUUCCUUUUCUUUUACGCUACCGUGUCCGGAUCCACUGGCCCUUGGAGCAGGGAAAAUCCGGGGCCGUCGCGGAUCCCUUCCCAGUUCAGCGAGGAGGAGCGCGUCGCUAUGAAAGAGGCGCUGAAAGGUGCCAUCCAGAUUCCCACAGUGUCUUUCAGCCAUGAGGAAUCCAACACCACAGCCCUUGCUGAGUUUGGAGAAUAUAUCCGCAAAGCCUUUCCUAGAGUGUUCCACAGCAGCCUUGUCCAACAUGAAGUCGUGGGAAAGUAUAGCUACCUGUUCGCCGUCCAAGGCUCAGACCCCAGUUUGCAGCCCUACAUGCUGAUGGCACACUUUGAUGUGGUUCCUGCUUCUGAAGAAGGAUGGGAGGUGCCCCCAUUCUCAGGCCUGGAGCGCAAUGGCUUCAUCCAUGGCCGAGGCACACUGGACAACAAAAACUCUGUGAUGGCGAUUCUGCAGGCUUUGGAGCUCCUGCUGAUUAGAAACUACAGCCCCAAAAGAUCUUUCUUCAUAGCUUUGGGCCAUGAUGAGGAGGUGUCUGGGACAAAGGGCGCUCAGCAGAUCUCAGCAAUCUUACAGGCAAGAGGUGUCCAGCUAGCCUUCCUUGUAGAUGAAGGGAGCUUUAUCUUGGAAGACUUCAUUCCGAACCUCAAGAAGCCGGUUGCCAUGAUUUCAGUCACCGAGAAGGGUGCCCUUGACCUCUUGCUGCAAGUAAACAUGACUCCAGGCCACUCUUCAGCUCCCCCAAAGGAGACAAGCAUUGGCAUCCUUUCUGCCGCUCUCAGCCGACUGGAGCAGACACCUAUGCCAAACAUGUUUGGAGGCGGGCCAUUGAAGAAGGCAUUGGAGCUACUGGCAGAUGAGUUUUCCUUCCCUACCAAUAUAGUCCUGAAAAACCUGUGGCUAUUUCGUCCCAUUGUGAGCAGGCUAAUGGAGAGGAAACCUGUAACAAAUGCGAUGGUCAGAACUACUGCAGCCCUCACCAUGUUCAAUGCAGGAGUCAAGGUGAAUGUUAUCCCUCCAUUGGCUCAGGCUACAAUCAACUUCCGAAUUCACCCUUCGCAGACAGUACAUGAGGUCCUAGAACUUGUCAAGAACAUUGUGGCUGAUGACCGAGUCCAGUUGCGUGUGUUGAGAUCCUUUGAGCCGCUGCCCGUCAGCCCUUCUGAUGACCAGGCCAUGGGCUACCAGCUGCUUCAACAGACCAUACAAUCUGUCUUCCCGGAAGUCAAUCUCGUUGUCCCCGGUAUCUGUAUUGCCAAUACGGACACCCGACACUAUACCAAAAUAACCAAUGGCAUGUACCGGUUCAACCCUGUUCCCCUACAGCCUCAGGACUUCAGUAGUAUCCAUGGACUCAAUGAGAAAAUUUCCAUUCAGAACUACCAGAACCAGGUGAAGUUCAUCUUUGAGUUUAUCCAAAAUGCGGACACCUAUAGCAAGCCAAUUCCUCAUCUGCAUGAACUAUGAGGGAAUGAGGUCUCAGGAGGAAAGGAAGAUCAACAGAAUCUGGCCCGUUGUCCUCCUCACAUGUGCGUUCUGAGUGGCAUCUACUGCCUGUCCUGCCCGUUGGCCUGUCUCAUGCUGGAAAUUAACUGUUCUACUUUACCUGCCUAUCUUAACAAGUACAGAUUUUGGGAAAACAUCAAGCAGGUUUUAAUCCAGAUAGAGUAUUGACUUCAGGUACUUGAGCUGGACUGUCUUCUAGAAUUUCCUUUCUCCCGUCUGACUUGUGAGCUGCCCCUUGGCCUCUCUCUUCCUGCCUCUGCUUCCGUUCUCCAAUCUCCAGUUCAUUUCACAUCUGGAGUUAAGCCCCCGGUGAUCACAGUCAAAUAAAGGGGUCUGUCUGUGUAGUGAACAUCAGCUGGUCUCUGACAGGUGAGCUUGAGGUGGAGACUUUGAGAGAAUCCCAGAACUCAACUCCUGGUUCCAGAGGCUUGGGCUGUUGGGAUUUUGUUCCCCUUCCCUGCCCUGUUCCUGCCACCUGCUGUUGUGACCCCACCCCAGGAAGCACUAAUCUACGAAAGCAUUUCCCUGGCACAGUGUAUGGGCUGAGCUCCCAAGAGAGGAACACUCAAGAUCCAGCUUCUCAGUGACGCCCAGAACCAGCAGCACCCUGGCCCUGGCAUGUCCCAUUUCAGAAUGAUCAAGGGGAAGUGGAGGGCAAGGAAAGGGGUGGCUAGAGGGUUCUUCCCUGGGCAAGAGAAGCAAGGAGAGGUAGCAUUAGAGUAUAGCAGAACUCUUGUCUUCUUGCUGGACUUCAACCCUAGGCAUCUUUGAAUGUGCCCAGUAGCUGCCAGGUGGGGGGCAUUGGAAAGCAGCAUUUCUUGGCUCAAGGCCAGCAUCUCUGCUUUGUGGAUCACAAGGGAGUGAAGGUCACAAAGGGAGACACAGAAAUGGAGCUUGGAAGGCUCCCUCUUUUCCCUUCUCCAGACUAGGACCUUCUGUGUCUCCCAGGGGUUUGAGGGCUCUAGGUUUGCUUGCCACCCCUCCUCCUCAGAAAUAAAUCCCCAUUCUCCCUGGCUGCUAAGUCCUUACCUUCCUCCCAGGAAGUGAACUGUUCUUUGAAGCUCUGGCUUAAUUGUUAGCAUUAGAAACAGUGUGGGGACUAUUCAGCUUUUUAGCUACUCCUGCUAAGAUUCACAUUCCUUCCCUCACUCUCCCUCUUGGGCCAAUUUAGUACUUACUCAGCCUUUGUUGGAGGCCAAGCUUAAGAACAACAAUAAUCCUUCACUUUUGUGCAGAGCCCUAUGAGAUGGUCUUACAGAUGCCUGAUCUCAGCCCUGUGAGCACACUAUCAUCACUCCUUCCUUCAGAGACUGGCUCCAUUCUGAGUGGGUUACACAGCUAGCUGGAAACACUUGUUCAAACCCUCAUUACCUUGCUCUCAGACUCACCAGUAUUCUCUGAUUCUGCAUCACCUACUCCCCACUGAUUUAUUAUUGAAUUCCCAUAACUAUUGUGGCAUGAGUGUAUACCCCCACAUUUGUUAUGUUGUAAACUUAAUCAUAUGAGGAAAGUAUUCACAGGGAGGGAACAUAGCCAACUGGAGCUCGCCUUUGUAGAAUUAUUAGGACUAGACAAGGCCGCGUGGCUGAGCUCCAUCCUUGACUUAUUAAUGGCUUUUUAAGAAGAGUGUUUGAGAGAAUAGACACAUUUAAUCUGACUUGGACAAGGCACCAUGAAUACAUGUGUCAAAAUAUCACAGUACUCCACUAAGUUGGGGGAAAAAAAGAGCAGAAGGUAGACAGGUUCAUACAUGUAUUCCCUGUGUCUUGCCAUGUGAAGUCCUAUGCCAUCUCUUGCACAAGGAGACCUCUAUCCAUCAGAGGGCAAACCAGUGUUCCCCCACAUAAUUUUAAUACUCCAGAGCUGUGAGCCAAAAUAAACCUCCUUUCUAACUCAA